GUUAUCGAUUCGAAUUUCUACACGUGCUAUAUUGUUUUGUUUUCUUGUUAAAUACAAGAGCAUACAAAUGGCCGGCACUCGGUUCUUCCUGGCGGAUCUGCCCACCAGGACCUCGGAGGCGGACCUGCGCAGCCUGUUCCAGGACUACGGCCAUGUGGAGCAUGUGGAUCUGAAGCGCAAGGAGCAGGAUGGGGCCACCAAGGUGAUUGCCUUUGUGACCCUGCAGACGGACGAUGCCCAGUACUGCGUCAACGAGCUCAACUGGCAGAGGCUGCACGGCGACAAGCUGCGCGUGUCGCUGGCCAAGGAGUCCUUCCUGGAUCGACUGAAGCGCGAGCGCGAGGAGCAGCAGCGGCGGGAGCAGGGCGAGCCCGAGGAGUCCGAGUUCCAGGCCCAACCGAGCUCCCAGCUGCUGGCCCAGAGCGGCCAGAACAAGCGGCGGGUGUUCGGCGAGGACGAGGAGAUCGGCGACGAUGAGAUCGCCCCGGAGCUGCUGAUCACCAAGAAGCGGGCAGCCCACUCCAUGCACAACGGCAGGAUUGUCAUCCAGCAGGAGCACGACGUGAAGCCGCUCCAUAUCAUCGAACAGCACCGCAAGCCGGCUAAACUCCAGGCGGACGCCCAGGUCAGCCAGGCGGAGCAGAAGCGCAAGGAGUCGCUCAACAAGAUGCGGCAGGGGCACCAGCAGAAGAAGACCGCCAUACAGCAGGCGCUGUCCGCGAUCUCCGUGGACGGCGGCCAGGCGAAGCGGAUCAAGUUCAGUGACCCCGAGGAAGAGGAGGAUGCCAAGCCCGCCAAGAAACAAAAACGUGAUCUCUUCGAAGGCGACGACGAGGAUGAGGAUGAGGAGGCGGCGGAGCACAUAGUCCUGCCGCAGCACAAGGGCAAGAAGGGCGAGCGCCUGGUGGAGAUGCAGAGCAAACAGAGCAUAGAUCCCCGCUUUCGCAUCACUUCCAAUUUCGUGGACGAGGAGGAGGACGAGGAGGAGGAGGAAGCGGGGGAUCAGCCAGAGCCAGAGGAGAGUGAGCGCAAGUGGCAGAUGAACAUCCUCGAGCAGGUUGUGGGCCACAAGAUAAGCGACAAUGACGGCAAGCAGGCGAAGAGCAAAAAGAUGCUGCGCUUCGAUCCGGCCAAGGAGGAUUCCCAGAAGCUAGUGCGCCAAAAGCAGCCCAAGGAGGAGGAGGAGGAUCUGGCCAAGAGCAAGGCGAAGCCCAAAGCCAAGGGUGCAGAGGGCUCUGAACCGGCGCCCGUCUCGAAAACGGCCUUCUACAUGGUCACCGACACGCUGAAGGAUUCGCUUAACAGCCGCGGCGAGGGCUUCAGCCUGCUGGACAUGUUCGGCAGCGCACCGGACGAGGAGGUGGCCAAGCGGCAGGACCAGCUGGAGAAGCUGGGCCAGGAGAAGAUCCUGGUGGGCAAGGCGUCCGCCAGCAAGCUCGGCCUGGCCACGCUCAAUCCCUUCUCCUACGACUCCUCCGACAGCGAGGGCGAGGACGAGGCCAAGGCGCCAAAGGAGGAGCAGGAUCUGGAGGUCAGCAAGGAGAACCAGGCCCAGCCGGCCAAGAAGUCCAGCCAAAAGAAGAGCAAGAUCAAAAUGGAGUCCUUCUUCAUACCCAAAAACGAUCCGCGGCUCAAAGAGGGCGCCAAGUUCUUCAAGUCCGCCAAGCCGGAGGUCGACCAGGCCGACUACGACCAAGUGCGGAACCGCCUGAAGCUGCUGAUCAGCAACAAGAUCGCCAAGACCAAGAAGAACCUGCCCAGCAAGGACAUCAAGCAGUACCGGAAUAAGAAGGCGAAAAACUGAUCCCUUAGGUUUAAUUCGACGGUAGUUAAAAUAGGGAUAACUCUGGAUAUUAACUAAAGGAUGCCCACAUGUAGUUCUAAGCUCAAUCCUCUGUAAAAUAAACCACAUUUGCUUUUUUUUUUC